GUAGUACAGAUGCACGCCGCACAUGGAAACGCCGAGAACUUUGAGGUUAAGUUUGACAACGAGGUUCAACCGUUCAAUGCGGUUUUCGGAGCCGACGUUAAUUUAGCAUAAAUUGUGCGAGUAGUUUGGAUCAAGAUAAAGUGAAUGAAUUACGAUUGACGAUUACUGCUCUGACAUGAUUGAUCGAAAUGUUUUUACGAAAAUUUACAUUGUAAAUCGCCCGCCAAUCACGUUACCAAGCAAACACUGCUGAAUUUGGUUAUGAAGGUCUACAAGCGGAUGUAAGGAGUGUAAUAUUUUUAUAAACGAAAAGCAGCAUUUGAGAAUUUUAGAGUUUCUAUAUGGCAUGCAAGGAUUUUGCCCUUUGUGUUCAAAAAAUGGAAUCGAGACAGAAAUCAGGACUUUUCAGAUCAAUUUCAAUGAGGCUGUGUUCAUGUGCUCCUCUGAGGAUUGCGUAUGGCCAGUUGGUCACGAAGAGCUUACAAUCAUCAAUAGAUCCAUCGGAGAGGAUUGGUCUAAAUGUAGGGAAAAGGUAGCACUGGAUAAUUUGAACAACUGCCCUCAAGUUGAUAAAACAGUUCCCGAUCAGUCGCCUGUAAUCCCAGAAGAUAAUAGUUGUGUGGUUGAAGAAGACUCGACGACUCUAAGUAAGCCACGCGAUUUAUCUUUAGACACUAAUACUGACAGUGAAUCAAAUUUGGCAUCGCAACCGGUCGAUUUGGAGCCAAUAAAUGCUAACGUAGUUGCAUCACCAACGAAGAAUAAGGAAAGCAGCGAUACCCCCGUCGUGGUUUAUGCAAAACCAUCAAAUUUGGGCAAUGUCACGUUAAUCGUAAACGGCAUUUCUACCUCAUUAGAUAGUAACUUUGUACCUGUCAAGACUAAUAGUUUAAGUAGUAAUAAUUCGUCUAGGGUAAGCACAGCGUCAAAGGACUUGAGCGUCAAUCCGAAACUAUUGAAUCGUGCCAGGAGAAGAGCUAUUCCUUACAAGAAGUUCAAUUUCAAUGAUCUGAAAAAAGAGAAAAGUACAAAUGUAGAUAAAGAAGCUAAUGUUACUUCAGUUGCGGCGAGUAAAGAAUCGAGCAAAGAGAAAGAAAACUUGAACGAAAGGAAUAAAGCGUCGAAUAACGUCGAGAGUCGAGUUGAGUUGGAUUGGAACUCGAGCUCGAACAACGAGUCGGAGCAUUCGGAAGCGGUGAAGAAUGCCGAGACGGAUUUCAAUUUGGAUGAAUUUUUGAACGGGAUUUGUAACGACAUUAGCGGCAAACCCGAGGCGGAAAACGCGGGCGAAUACGACUGGCUUGAUUCUCUGGUCUUCUGACAGGCUCGAAUUAAACUUGAGCGAAGGAUGUCAUAUAUAAUCUAAACUACGAUACGAAGCGUCAACGAUUGUGAUAUAUAAUGAAAUAGACUAGAUCCUAAGCCUGUACAUACCUAUGCAUACUGCCUCGAUAAUAAACUCGAAUAUUCGUAAUCUCUA